UUUCACUUCUGGCUGAUACCUGCCUGACUGCUCACUGGCAACAGCUUUCAGCAACGCCGGCAACCCCAGAAGAAGCCAGUGCCGGGAAGGUCAGCCAGGUUGUCAGGAAACUGAACCGGCCCGGUUUUUGCUCUGUCCACACAGCAGACCGGCAUGAGAUUCGGGAGGGGAAAAUCCCAAAUUGGUGCCGUGGGACUGAAGUUCUGGGGAGUGUGGAGUUGACCUGAGCCGUAUUGUUGGAUUCCUUCAUAUGGAGAGCUGGAAAGCAAAAGAGAGACGUGAAGGAAACGGAUUUUCCAAGGGCUAGAGGAAUUUGGCCCAACCGGCUCCCGAAGCCACGAACAUUCUUGAGCGAGGCAAUUUUCGGAUGCUGCCAUCUGGACCGAUUCACCCUCUUCCAAGAGUUCUGAGCGCGAAAGGCACUUGGACGGGACUGAUUCCCCCGCCCCCACCCCAAAUCUGCACUUUACCCCCCCUCCACUGAAAUGAGGUAACUAGGAUAUCAAAUCCAGCUCUGAAAACAAGCAAAGGAUCAAAGACAAAAGAGGAUUAACGAAAGCACAGGUGUGGAUUUGCACAAGGAGGAGGAACUGAAUUCGCUGCUAGUUGUUUGACUCAGGGAUAAGUCAUACUAAGUUAUUUUUUUUAAAGACUUGGCGAAUAGCCACCUUGCUAUUAUUUAUUGCUUUUGGACUGGCAUUGUGGGAUCAGGGCCCUUGUUUCUUUCUCGCCGGGAGCCAUGGCUUUCUCGCAGGUCCAGUGUCUUGACGACGGCCACGUCAACUGGCGAUCCAGCGAGUCCAAACCUGAAUUCUUCUACAGUGAAGAACAGCGGCUGGCGUUGGAAGCCCUGGUGUCCAAAGGCCCCGAAGCCUUCUACGAAGUUCUCAAGAAGGAGAACAUCCGGGACUUCCUUUCCGAACUGGAGCUAAAAAAGAUCCUGGACACGCUGGAGGUGUAUGACCCCGGUUCAGAAUACACCCACCGCGGAAAGGAGAACGGUGAUGCCGAGGGCCAGACUGCCGAACAAGGCCCGCUGCCCUCUCUGGAGUACUGGCCGGCGAAGUCUGACCGCUCCAUCCCUCAGCUGGACCUCGGGUGGCCAGAGAGCGUCGCUUACCGUGGGGUGACACGGGCCACUGUCUACAUGCAGCCCCCGAUCGAGGGCCAGCCCCACAUCAAAGAGGUGGUCCGCAAGAUGAUCUUCCAAGCGCAAAAGGUCGUGGCUGUGGUGAUGGACAUGUUCACCGAUGUGGACAUCUUCAAGGACCUCCUCGACGCCGGCUUCAAGAGGAAAGUUGGCAUCUACAUCAUCCUCGAUGAGAGCAACCUGAAAUACUUCCUCCAGAUGUGCGAGAGAACCCAAAUGCACGCCGGACACCUGAAGAAUCUUAGAGUCCGCACAAUGGGAGGAACCGAAUUUUUCACACGCUCAUCGACGAAGUUCAAGGGUGCCUUGGCUCAGAAAUUCAUGUUUGUGGAUGGCGACAAAGCCGUAAGCGGGUCUUAUAGCUUCACCUGGUCUGCUGCGAGAACCGAUAGGAAUGUCAUUUCGGUCCUGUCGGGUCAGGUGGUGGAGGCGUUUGACAAGCAAUUCCAAGAACUGUACCUCAUAUCUCGAGGUGUUAGCUUGAAGUCCGUCCCCAUGGGUGAGGAGCCAGAACCCGAGCCGGUGAUCCUGCCGUCGGUUAUGCCCGUGACUCCAGCCAACACUGUAGUGAAGAAAAUGGUCAACCCUAAGUAUGCCCUGGUGAGAGUGAAAAGCACUGAGAAGAUUACCAACAGCAAUCACGCGAGCAGUGACCGGAAUCUCACCGACCAACAGAGAGUGGAAGCCAAAGGGAAGGCCUUUCCUGAAGGACAGGUGUCCGAGCGGCCGAGUGGCCUCAUGGAGAGAGUCCCGCCGAUCCACCCAGGGCUCCUGAACCUGGAAAAAGCCAACAUGUUUGACUACCUGCCUACUUGGGCUGAGCCAGACCCGGAACCGAGCGAGGUGCUGGGUUACAUAAACAUUAUCGACCCCAAGAUGAAAAACGUUCAGCUCUCCCAAAUGAACCGCAUCAAAGUGUGCGAUGUCUCGCAAGCCAGCUCACAGCACAGACAGAUGCUCCAACAGAAAACGCAAGGUGCUAAAAAUAAUCAGAGCAAGCAACCUGCCUCUACCUCUCCCGGCCGUCACGAUAACACUUCUUCCUCUGUCCAAAUUCAGGAGGCCCCUAACCCUAUGGGACACAUCCAAAAGGCGCCUAAUCCAACGGGACAUGCCCAACAAGCUGUUAACGAUGCGGAUCACAACCUGGAAGCUGCUAACACUACGAGUCAAAACCAGAAGGCCACUAACACUACAAGUCACAACCAGGAAGCUGCUAACACUACAAAUCAACACCAAAAGGCCGCUAACACUACAAAUCACAACCAGAAGGCUGCUAACGCUACGAGUCAAAACCAGAAGGCCGCUAACACUACGAAUCACAACCAGAAGGCCGCUAACGCUACUAGUCAAAACCAGAAGGCCGCUAACACUACGAAUCACAAACAGAAGGCUGCUAACACUACAAAUCACAACCAGAAGACCGCUAACACGAGUCACAACCAGAAGGCCACUAACACUACAAGUCACAACCAGGAGGCCGCUAACACUACGAGUCACAACCAGGAGGCUGCUAAUGCUACAAGUAACAACCAGGAUGCCGCUAACACUACAAGUCACAACCAGGAUGCCGCUAACCAUAGCCCAACUGAAAGGACUAACAGGAAACCUACACCUAUAGGUGCCUUUGCCACUUUGGCUUGCAGUGAGCACCUGAAGCAAUCGUCAUGGACAAAAGUUAAUGAGCCAGUGGCAGACAACAGUGUGACUCCUCCAGUCCCCAAACCGAGGACUGUUCACGUGACAGACUUUAUCUCCAUGAAAAGCACACCUGUCGAAGGUGGAGCAGCUGUAGCCAAAGACACCCAGCCGCAGCACCUAGAAACAGACAGUGCCGGCACAAAGGUUGAGGAAAGUCCCAGAAAGCCCAACGAUGGGGGGAGCCCGUGCAAGCUGACGAGGCAGGCAGCCAUCUCUCAGAAAUUGGAUAUCUGCCCCAUGAAUGGGGUGCAAGGGGGUGAGGCAGACGAGGACGAGGAAGAGGCCUACCUAACGUUCAGCGACCAGGGAAGCUUGUCCAGUGGUUCCGCUGCCCACAGCUGCCAACACUCCAACGCGUCGUCCAUCUCAGACGAGUACUUCGAGGUGAGGGACCGCUUUGGGCCUCUCCGCCGGACCUAUUCCGAUGACCUCCCCAAUGGGGAAGGAGGGCAUAGCCCUUGCCAACAAAGGAAGCUGAGCGAGCCACACGUGAGCCGGGGCACAUUUGUGAGUCCACUGGGCAGCCCCCAGCCGAUGUUGAGCCCAGGUUUGGAGCAGGCUGGGAGGAGGAGGCUGCGAAGCGACAGCAUAGAAGAGAUUAGGUGUGUUUUGGGAAGGGGCCGUAGCCCACGUGUUUUGCCCGAAGGCUACAUUACCUGUCCGAGCAAUGCUCCACAGGGACCACAGUUUUUCUGCUACGGACCCCGGGCGCAAGUGUCGGCAGGCACGGGGAAAAGCAGCGCCCUGGUGGCUCAUCAGGGGAAAAUCCCAGGAGACUGCAGAUACCACCGGGAUGGAGCCAGGGCGAAAAAGGCCCCCCUGGGCAGCCAGCAGCCCCGGCCGAGCAAUGGCUUUGGCCCCAGCAAACACACCCAGCCCGGCCGUCUCCCGCAAAGCAGCGUCCAAGGGACGGCCCCCAGGGGCACACCGUCCCCGUUCCAAGAAAGCCAGAGGUUACUGGAGGAAAUAAGGACACCGCUGGGCAUCCCGUUGUCCAAACUGUCCCAAUCCAAACAUCUGAAAAACAGGGUGUCCCACAUAUCUGACCCUAAGAGGAAGCCCCACGGAACCACCAGCCACAAGGACCAGUAAAACCCAGAGAGUGGAGAUCCCCUCCAGGGUGCUGAGUAUUGCAGAAUGAGUCCCGUUUGUCCAGGAACCUGUGGAAGGAACUCCUGCCGUACGUCCGACUGGCAGGGAGAGGGAGAAGAGGCGGCCACGCUUACCUGGUCUGUGCACCAAUACCACAUGGCCAGAACCGAGAGGCCAAAGGUCAUGCCGGUCCAGGGCAAGUCGUCCGAGCGGGCAUCCUGGAAAAGGUGUAGGGCAUCCGGCCUGGGCAGGUGGCAGGUGGUGUUGGGGAUAAUCGUGGCGGGGACGGCGUUCAAGUAGGCCUCCUCCAGGUUGUGGUAGCCGCCGAUUCGGUCGAAAGCUGGAAGGCAAAGACAGUGGGGAAGGAGAGGGUGGGCUGAGUUAAAACCGAGAAGAGACGGCAAGAAGACGGCCAGGCGGUUGAAAGAGGCCAUGUUUGAGCAUGCCCCCUGCUUGUUUCUUAUUGCACCAGUGGCUAUAAGCUGGGUUGGAGUGUUCCCAAAACAACUGUUCCCAGAUAAAUACUGCUAUGGAGGGUAGAUGCUAUGGCAUUACCCCACACUGAGGUGUCCCCACCCCCACCCCCCAAGGUUCCGUCCCCAAAUCUCCAGAAAUUUCUCUGGAGUCCGCAAUCUUAUGACUACGAAGGAAGCGUAUCAUGAACGGGAAAAAAAUGGCGAGGGGGACAGGAAGGGAUGAGCUGGGAAGUCUACCCAAUAGGACGAUGCACUUGUAAUUUAUUAGAGAAUCUCUGCGGUUUGCACAGUUCUGCUUCCUCGGAGAACAACCCUUUUGCAACGGCCCAGCACAGCUCGAAUGCAAGGGAACACGAGUCCCCGAGCAGCAAACUUGUUCUUUUAGAAAGGACUCUAGCGAGGACAUGCAACAGUUGCCAAGACAGUAUUGGGCUCCCUUCGUCCCUCAUCAACACGGCAUAAUGCACAACAGGGAGCCAUUAGGCCAAGGGUCCCCAACGCGGGCAAAAGUGGGCGGGGUCUUUGUCCAGCAAGGUUUCCAAUUGGCUGUGCAGAUUUUUAAAGUGACGUUGCUUUAGCAGACACUGUCCACACAGCAGAAGAAUUUUUGCUGCGGCAGCCAUUUUGUAGCAGGCUCUGCCUACUGAAGCAGCCAUUUUGUAGCGGGCUCCGCCUCUUGAAGCAGCCAUUUUGUGGCCGCACCCAUCACACUAUCAGAAUUCUAAAGGUGCCCACAGGCUCAGAAAGCUUUGGGACGUCAUAAUUAGGCAAAAGGUUUUCCAUCCAAGCGAAGUAGGCAGAGACAAUAAAAACAGGGCACCAGGGGGCCAACUUCAGACAUUUGGAGUCUCCCCGGUUCCGCAAAAUAUACACUUAGAUCCACCCAGAGCCAUUUGCACUGUGCCCCACCCCUUUCCCACCUGCAUCUGAGCCUCUUUUUCUUUCUGAGGAACAAAUAUCAAACAUCACAUUAAAGAAAAUCAUCUCCAAAGACAUAUAACAGUGAUGGCGAACCUUUUCAAAACCGAGUGCCCAAAUUGCAACCCCAAACCCACCUAUUUAUCGCAAAGUGCCAACACGGCAAUUU